AUGGCCCAUGGCAAUAAUUCAUUGGUGUCUGAGUUCAUCCUCUUGGGACUCACAGAUAAUCCAACACUUCAAGUCAUCCUUUUUGGCAUAUUCCUACUCAUCUACUUAGGUAGUGUGGUGGGUAAUCUUGGAUUGAUUGUGUUAACCCAAACUAGUCCUCACCUUCAAACACCCAUGUAUUUUUUCCUUACACAUCUGGCUUUCAUUGAUUUCUGUUUCACCUCCUCUAUCACCCCAAACACUCUUGUGAAUUUUCUGCGUGAAGUGAGAAGUAUAACACUCUAUGCCUGUGCCACUCAGGUAUGCUGUUUUAUCACUUUUGCAGUUUGUGAACUAUUCUUGCUGUCCAUCAUGGCAUAUGAUAGGUAUGUGGCCAUCUGCAAUCCUCUACUUUAUGUCGUUCUCAUGCCCAGGAGCCUUUGUAUUGAAAUGAUUGCUAGCACAUACACAUAUGGAUUUGCUGUGGGUCUUGCACAAACUUUUGCAACAUUUCGAAUGUCAUUUUGUGACUCCAAAAGGGUCAAUCACUUCUAUUGUGACGAUGUUCCCCUAGUUGAGCUGGCCUGUUCUGACACAAGUGUCAAAGAGAUGAUGCUGCUAAUCAUUGCUGGGUUCAAUACUCUUUGUUCUCUAUUGAUUGUAAUCAUUUCCUAUGUUUUCAUCUUGUUUGCUAUCUUGAGAAUGCAUUCUGCAGAAGGGAGAAGGAAAGCAUUUUCUACCUGCGCAUCCCAUCUGACUUCCAUCACAAUAUUUUAUGGUACAAUCAUUUUUAUGUACCUGCAGCCUAAGUCCAGCCAUUCUUUGGAUACAGAUAAAAUUGCCUCUGUAUUCUAUGUAAUAGUGAUUCCCUUGCUAAACCCAUUGAUCUACAGCUUGAGAAACCAGGAAGUAAAAAAUUCCCUGAAAAGAAUGAAAGAAAGGUUAUGUUCAGCUAGCAAAUAA